AGAUGAUUUAGGCAAUUUAGCAAUGGCGAUUAUUUUAACAGUGUGACGACGUAUUUUUCCAUUGUCGCUAAACAUUAUGGGGGCCUUUUCAAGUCACGGAAGGCCCAGCUGCAGCAGCUGCAGAGAACUUCUAGAAGAGCGCUACUAACUGGAAAUAUGUUGCCGUCACGCAGUUCAGCGGAAACACACUCAGCCUUCAGCUGUUAUGAUGGAGCGCUAUGUUGAGAAAAGGCUGCAGUCGCUUGAGGUCAUCUUUCUUCCCACCCUGCCUGACUGUCUACUUGUUAUGCACUGCAAGUCUCCUGAGCACGGGAUUGAAAUGUGCACAAGGGCUGCAGGUGACGUCCACGGGUCCGCAGACCAUCCAGAAGGCUGAGGGAGAGAGCGUGACUUUGGGUUGCACCUACACACUGAGCCCUUUGGACACUGGGGAACUUGACAUUGAAUGGUCUGUGGUCAGUCCAGACACAACGCAGAAAGAUCAGAUGCUCAUGUCCUACAGUAGCGGGACCAAAUACAUCCACGGUAACAACGCUCUUGCAAAAGGGCUCAGCUUUGCGGCUCCUGACCCCUCAUUGGGUGACGCUUCGAUCUCAAUUACCCUGCUGUCACUGGCUCACAGCGCUACCUACCAGUGCAAAGUGAAGAAAUCACCUGGAGUCGACAUGCACAAGGUGUCCCUGGUGGUGAUGGCGAAGCCGUCUGUGCCUAAGUGCUGGGUGGAGGGAGGGGAGCUGGUCGGCGAGGCUGUGUCUCUGCACUGCAAGUCUGCAGAAGGCUCCACUCCCUUAAAAUACACGUGGACCAGAAGAAGUGCAGGCCCCAUCCCUGCUGCAGCCACACAGAACAGCAUCACUGGGGAGCUGAAGAUCACCAACCACUCGCAGAGCUUUGCAGGAUUCUUCCUCUGUGAGGUGACCAACGCUGUAGGAGCCGAGCGAUGCACCGUCAACCUGAAAGCAAACAAGCCUCCAAACAGAGCAGCGAUGAUAGUGGGCACCACUGUGGGUUCUCUGCUCCUCAUCUUCAUCCUCCUGGUCUUCAUCGGGCUUCUAUACUGGAAGCUGAGCAGCAGACAUCGCUAUGAGAAGGAGUUCUCCAACGACAUCAGGGAAGACGUGCCGCCUCCUGACAGCCGCCCGGUCAGUCGCAUCACCAGCCGCAGCACCAGCCGGCACCCGCAGCUUCCUUACUGUCAGGUGGGCGGGACUGAGGGGAGCUCUUUCAGUGACGGACACACACACAUCCCCUCCAGCAACAGCAAUGGACACACACCGGUCAAAUACACGGCAGUGGAAUAUGACAGCACGUACGGAUACGCAGUGUGACAAUCAGCAGAGCGGAAAAUGAGAAGCAUUUAGCUCUCAUUGUUAUGUUUAAUGGACACUUUGGACACUUAAAACUGAAAAUCUGGAGCAGCGAGAGUCUUACAUGGAGUCUAAUUAAUUGAAUUCUUGGCUAAGCUUUGUGAUGAUUUUAUAACAUUGUUCGUGUUAAUUACUUGAAUGUAGCAUUAUCAUCUUUUACUCAUAUGCAGAUAAAUUUGACUGUAUAGAAUUUCAAACUUGUGCAUAAAAAGAAAGUUAUCAAAAAUA